AUGGCAUCCAUCUUCACCUAUGACCCCGACCCACCUCGGGUGUCGUCCCCGUGGUCAACUUCGGGAUCAUCGACUCCUCAAAUCAAUGCAUCUGGUAGUCGGGGUUUAGCUAUCCGCACGCGUUCCAGCACCACUCUACUACGCGUCGACCCUGACUUGUUAUCCAACUAUGGAAUAUCCAAAUUGGAGCCCGAGCCCCAAGAGGGUCCCACUGAGUACAAAUUGCACCUUCUGCUUCGACCCAGGCGCCGCUAUAUCUCAAUGUCGACUGGGCAUGUAAUAGCUGGUUCGUACCAUCAUAAUUACCGCGUCAUGCCAAGCACGUCUAUCCCCGCCUCUCCGGCCUUGGAGCCAGCCCCAAGACCCAUGCAAGCCAAGUCUAGUCAGAGCCGCCAUCAACGACUACAAGGGUUGACUACUCAGCUAUUGUGGCGUCUGCAACAGUCCUCGCCUUUUCACUCAUCCACUACCUCUAACCUUGUGGUGCCCGUUCUUCCCGAGGCAGCCCUGGAAUUGGGUGUGCCCUCUAAACCCGCCCGCUUGCUUCCCGGUCUUGAGGAGAGUCAAGGUGCCUUGUAUGAGAUCGGUGUCGGCGAUGAUGGUACUUUUGUUGGCCUCACGCAAGAUGAGCUGGAUGAGAGCAUGACCAAUCUACAGGCUAUGGCUGCUAGUAUUGGGUGUAAGGUUGAGAUCCUUCGCCGAGUUGUGGUUGGCAAGUGUGAAUGGGUCGAAGACUUGCCAUCUGCAACUGGGGACCAAACUAAAAACAACACCGAAAGUCUCUGGGUUGCCGAGGCUCUGGUUAGUCCCGAUCUUGACUUUUACAAUAUCUCUCCGAUCAAGCCCAAGAACGACACAAAAACCGAUGAACACCCAGAAAUUGCCAACACGUCGGUCUUGAACGAGGAUUACUCCCUCACAGCGCAGAUUCGCAUUUCUCUCGCAGGUCCAAGCACCGCAGGAAAGACUUCUUUGCUGGGUACAUUGACUUCGUCUGCGCUUGACAAUGGAAGAGGCAAAAGCAGGUUGAGUCUGCUCAAGCAUCGGCACGAAAUCUCAUCGGGCAUCACCAGUUCGGUAGCCCAGGAACUGAUAGGGUACACGGAGAAGGUGCCACCAACCGUGAUCAACUACGCUUCUGGUAAUGUUGCCGGCUGGGAUGAUAUUCAUGCCGCUUCGAAGGGAGGUCGUUUGGCUUUUGUGUCCGAUCUACCCGGCUCUGUUCGAUAUUUGAAAUCUACCCUGCGAGGACUUGUCAGCUGGGCUCCACAUUAUGUGAUGCUUUGCAUUCCAGCCAAUUGUGGCGCUGAGCCACCCAGCAGCGAACAGGCCGGAACUGAACAAUCAGAAAUUGAUACGUGUUUGUCAUAUCUAGAACUUUGCCUGAAGUUAGAGGUUCCUGUGUUGAUUGUCAUUACCAAAUUGGACGUUGCUUCCCGCAGCGGACUACGGGACAAUCUUGGAAAAGUUCUAUCUGCGCUUAAAACAGCUGGGCGACAACCUGCAAUGCUACCUGCAUCGCCUGCAGGCGACAAACCACUUGACCUUCAGCAAGUCAGCACAUUGGACAGCACCCAAGUACAAAAAGUGUGCGCGGCAGCUGAUGGGAAUUGGGCACACACCGUACCUAUCAUGCUUACCAGUGCCGUGGAUGGCUCUGGCAUUGGAAAACUCCAUGCCUUCCUUCGAUCUCUUCCAAUUCCCCCACGACCCUCUCAGAGAACUCUCCACAUCCCUAAAGGGCUGCCAAUGCCCUCUCACAUCUCCGCCAAUAUAUUUGAUGUGGAUGAAGUGUUUGCAAUCCCUCCCUCCAAAGUCUAUUCGCUAGACUCAGAGAAAGGCGGCCAAGAAAAUCGCGGCAUGGUUCUCUGCGGCCUAGUCCGUCGCGGGAAUAUUUCCAUCGGCGACGAAAUGAUCAUCGGCCCCAUCUUAGUGGACGUUCCAAAUGACCAAAGCAAUGAGCCCCAACCACCCGGAGGGUCACUGUCCCGCAGUGGGCCCGGCCCGACGGGUGAUUUCCCGGCAUCCUUCCCGCAGAACUCAUUGUCCGGCAAAGAUUCACAAGCAAGAUGGCAGCGUAUCCGCGUUGUCAGUGUAAGAGACCUUCGACUUCCUGUCCGCCGCCUAAUCAGAGACCAAGUCGGAACAAUCGGAAUUGAACCCAUCGGCAUUUCAGAGGAUGGCCGUCUACCACGUUUCGGCCGGAUCCGCAAGGGCAUGAUCCUCUCAAACUUCCACGCCCCACUAUCGUCCUCGCCUGGCACCUCGCCUGGCUCCUCGUUAUUAGCGCUACCCUUCCACACAGGCUUUACUGCCACCUUCCGAUCUACCGAGUUCUCGGCUCCAAAUUCACCUCCACUCUUGCUUGGCGGUAACGCUAUUGCAUACAUCGCCAACAUUCGAGCUACUGUCCGGGUCAUUUGCAUGGCGUUAACUGGGACUGGCGAGGAGCUAUCUUCCGAACCGCCUUCUCCGUCGGAACCCGAAUUCUUCAGCUUUGACGGCGAUUCUCAUUCUCCUAGUGAGAAAUCAAACAGCAAUCCUACAACAAAUAAUAUCGUAGACGGCGCAGGUGAUGCAGUUCGCCGCCGCCCUUCGGCGACAGAUAUCAGCAAAGUAAUGUCUGGCGUUUCGUCUGCCUCCAUUGUUGGAGCUGCUUCUUCUGCAGAAGCGCUGAAAGAGGACGUCAAGAUUACCUUUGCGCUGGUGUCGUCUGUUGAAUGGGUGGAACUUGGGUCUCAGGUUCUCGUUAUGCCUGGUGUCUCCAUAGCCUCGCAAUCUGGGGCCACGGUAGCAUCUGCACCUGGCUCUAGCUCUGCGUCUGGGACGGCGUCAAUGUCAGGGUUAGAAGGGUUUGUGGGGACUGUCUGUGAGGUUGUUCCUGGGAGAGUUCCAGUUGCGGAGAGCUAG